AUGGAAAUCAGGACAUUGGCGACCAUCGACCUCCCCAAAACCAGAUCUUUAAAACUUUACAGGAAUGCUUGGGGUCCCGAAAAUAUUGAUCCAUCGGGCGCGAGGGCUGCUUCGUCUCUCGGUGCCGCACCCGACCCCAAGCCCGGGUUGCCCACACGGUCGUCGGCCGCAUCGGUCUCCGGUGAUCCUCUUGACCUGGAUUACUCUGGUGUUUUUGACAAGAUGACGGCCGUGCUGAAAUGUGUACCGGUGUACGACCAUAUCCCUAAGCCAUGCAGGGAGAAGUUCGCACAUGAUCUGAACGCCUUGCUGACAGCUGUUUGUAAUGACCCUGGUGACCCGGCUCACUGGGUUAGACUCCACUGUUUUGUCCCAUACGUCUUACAGAAGACUUCCAGAGGAGGUCGCCGGGUCAACCAGGGCAAUCUGGUCAACAAGCGUCUAAGCGAACUAUUGGUUUUGAAACCCUGGUACUGUGCUUUGAUGGGUUCAAUAAUGCCAAAUCACAAAAGCACAACCCCGAUCGGUGGAUCAACGCUGUGUAAUCUUGGCCUGGCGGAGAGCUCGCCGGCCACCUUCGAUAAAUUAUGUUCCAUCCACCCGAAAAUUCCGGUGGACAGGCGGGUCUUUCCCGCAUUGACACCAACGGCUGGUUGCGUUUCUCCCGCCGAGGUGCUGAGGGCCGUUAAAUCGUUCAAAAACGGUUCUUCUGGAGGCCUGGAUGGCCUACGACCCCAGCACCUUAAGGAUGUUUUUUCAGGCCCUUUGCCAAUCGACGACACACUGAACUCCUUAACCCAAUUCAUUAAUUUGAUCCUAUCUGAACCUUGCCCACUCUCCGUCCGCCGUUUGCCCAAAUUGAUGUACUUCCUGCGUACAUCCAAACACAUUAACCCUUCUAAAUUGGGCAAAUUUGACGGAGCCCUGCGCACCGCCCUGUCGUCGAUUUGCAAUGUUCAAGCGCCGGACGGAUGCACACUAAUACCUUGGAGAGCCGGCAGAUGUUUUGUUACGGUCCCUGGCACCCUCGCCGAACGAUACGUAAUCCUGACAAGUAAAGAAUGCGGUUUGGCCGCGGCCAGGGCAGCGGACGAGAAAAUGAAAAAAUAUGGGAACGCCCUCCCUUCGAUGGAAUUCUUGCCAAUAUGUAUCGAGGUUCUCGGCCCGAUGGACCCCAACACCCUUAAAUUUCUUAACGCAAUAUGUAAAAUGAUCAGCGUCAGAUCAGGCGACAGCAGGGAACUGUUUUUUGCAACUAACCACAUUUCGUGCUUGUUGCAGCGGUUCCUGCGAGAACAUCAAACUCGACAAAUUAAUUUGAAUCAUGAAUGCGUAAAUGUUGAUGAAACUGAGUAUAUGAAGACGAACGAUGUUGACGAGUUGAUGAACAACGCAAUAAAAGUUGAUGAAGAUACGAUGGUUGAGGACGAGUAA